GACUGUCGUGGGAACGAAACUGAGCUAAGCGGUAGAUAACCUUGGUGACAGAGUAAAAUGUUUCCGAUCUGGGAUGGUCUUAGUAAUGGUGCCAGAACAACAACAACAUCUUAAGCAUACUUGUCGCAUCGUGGAGUCAGCAAGAAGUCAUGGCGUUGUUCUUCCCCAUGAUUCUUUUGGGACACAUCUUGACUCCAGCGGCAGAAUAUUAGGCGAAAGUCUGGAAAAGGAUAAUUUCAGAAAGGCAGGGGAUAUUUUGGCUGAAAUAUGGUCUGCAGUGUGCAUUGACGGACACGAAGUAGUCGCUAAAUAUAUAGGCCCGAAUAAUGACACUUCCAGCGUUCCAGACCUGCCAGCCGAAGAAUGGUACACUGAGCACGUUAGAGAAAGCCAAUAUUUACUCCAGGUUGUGAAAUGCGAUGACCAGAAGUGUUGCAGCCCACGCUGGAGUGAUCUGCAUAUGAUUAUUCACCACCGUUUUCUGCCACCUCUAUACCCUAUCACUCAGGUUGAUGGACGCUUGACAAUUCCGGACUUUAAAGAACUCGACGGAAAGUCAUUUGCUCCAUUUCUAAUACGCCUAUCCAUUCAACCGCUGAAUGCCUUCAUGAUCUCUAUUGCCCAAGUAUACGUGAUAAUUUAGAGAAAAGAUGCUGCAGUACAUGCGGUAUUUACUUUGCAUCUAUCACAAGAGCUGCAGAGCACAGGCGAGCAGCUCACAUUGCACCAGCUAAGCAAGCGCAUAUGUUGUGCAAAGUGCGACCCUCACAGAUUGUCACAAGACGAGCUAAUGAGUUACUGUGCGCAAGCGUCAACGGCUUAGAGUGGCUAGAUCAGAACGAAGUUGACGGAGCAGAUGAUUUUACUGAAAAUCAUAUGGACAUGUUGGUCAUAAUAGUCUCUCUUGAAACCGCGCAUGAUUCUCCAUGGACUGAAUUAGAGUAGAUAUUCGAGUAGUUACGAUUUAAGUCUUCCAUUGUUAAAUUUUUAUUACACUUAUAACUCUCAGCAAUAUUGAUUGCUAGUCUUAACUAGUCAUAAAUAAAAGCACGAAGCACA